UGUGUUUGUGUUUUGAUUCAACAUGGCCUACUUGGAAUAACUUGACUCCCCGAGUUUGCAGUUCAUUCCUUCUUUCGCUUUGGAUAUCUUGUAGCCUGUUGCAUAUUAUGAACUCCAGUCUAUUACUGUAAGGCGUGUAUACCAUGAUGGCUGGCUGAAGUGGGUGAGAAGCAAGUGAAUGUUGUGACAGGAAGUGGGGACGGGAAGUGCUGUCUUGCCAUGGAGGAGAUGAUAGAGAAGAAACGCUCCAUGUCUCCAGACCCCGCCAUUGAUCUGGAGGUGAAGCGAUCAAGAAUUGACAACCAAACGGAGGCUGGCCACGACAAUAACCUCAGCAACGCAGCAGCAAUAAACGCCAGACUUUCUUCUGAACUGCCACCACUGUCCAGUCCUGACAGUCAGAUUGGAAGUACAGAAAGCAGCCAUUCAUCUCUGAACCACUCCAACCUUGAUGGUCCAAAUAUUAACAUCACACCAAAUGGAACCGCAGAGGGUGGACAUACAUUACCAGUUUCUGAAAAUGCUGCUUUCCAAACAACAGAAUCGUGGGUGAUUGCUGGUGUCAAUACAGAAAAACUUGCAUUUUCAGCAGUGAAAAGAGAGUUGCCAUCAGAAGAUAGUCCAUCCCAUUCACCAUUCACCUCAGUCAGUACAGCCAGUGAUAGUCUUGAUAACUACACAGCUGAUCCUAACAAGCCAUCCCCUGUACUUCAGAAUUCAUAUGCCACAUCAGAAUUUUACAAAAAUGUUGCCAUUUCAUAUCCUCAGAUUUUGACCUCAUCUACUCCGUCCACCGAAGAGAGCAGUGUAGUGAGUACGACCGACGUCCAGAGCAGCAUUACGACAACGGCCAGCGCCGACUCUGCCACCAUGGCAUACGUGGGCGGUCAGAACUCCUCGUCCUUCAUCCAGUCGGGCUACCCGUACCAGGGCACGCAGAGUCCAUACGGUAUGCUGCCCACUGGCUACACCACAGAACCAUUGAAGCUCAAACCUCAGGCCCAAGUUGUUACCCCUCCCAGCUAUAUGGCAGGCAAUAACUCCCUGUAUCAGAACAGUACGGGCUAUUAUGGUACAAAUCAAAAUACACCAUAUUGUUCCUCAAACACUGCCGGAUAUUCAAAUCAGGCCUUGGAGAGUUACUACCCCGGGUAUGGUACUGCCGCUGCCGCUGCUGGUUACUACCCGAGUUUUCCAUACAUCCCAACCACAUCGUCUGUCUCGUCAGCUGCCGCAGUGCCUUCCACACAAACAUAUCAACUUGUAGACGUCCCCUCAGCUACCACAACAGCAGAGACCCAGUAUGGUUCAGCAAUGUCAAGUCCAUCUCCUCCUCUAAAAGAAAAUGGUACAAGACGAGGAUCGCGGUCCCGCGGGCGGAGUCGGACCCAGCCGUCACCAGGCCCGGAGUCGGACCUGGACCGAGUGUUUGUGUGGGACCUCGACGAAACCAUCAUCAUCUUCCACUCACUCCUCACUGGCACAUACGCUCAGAGAUAUGCAAAGGACCCCCAGUCCUCUGUGUCGUUAGGGCUAAGAAUGGAAGAGAUGAUUUUCAAUCUUGCUGACACACAUUUAUUCUUCAAUGAUCUAGAGGAUUGUGAUCAAGUCCAUAUAGAUGAUGUGUCAUCAGAUGAUAAUGGACAAGAUUUAAGCAAUUAUAAUUUUGGCACGGAUGGUUUCCAUGCAGCUGCAAACAAUGCCAAUCUUUGUCUGGCCACAGGUGUGCGAGGAGGUGUUGAUUGGAUGAGAAAAUUAGCGUUUAGAUACCGUAGAAUAAAGGAAUUGUACAAUAGUUACAGGAACAAUGUAGGAGGUUUGUUAGGUCCCCAGAAACGUGACUUGUGGUUGACAUUGCGGCAAGAGAUUGAAACACACACAGAUAACUGGCUCACACUAGCACACAAGUCUCUUCAAAUUAUUAGUUCUAGGCAAAACUGUGUAAAUGUUUUAGUGACAACAACACAACUAGUUCCAGCAUUGGCCAAGGUGUUAUUAUAUGGUCUCGGAGGUGUUUUCAACAUAGAUAAUGUGUACAGUGCCACAAAAAUAGGCAAAGAGAGUUGUUUUGAGAGAAUCAUCUCACGGUUUGGCAGGAAGUGCACUUAUGUUGUCGUGGGAGACGGUCGGGAUGAAGAGUCUGCAGCAAAACAGAUGACUUGGCCGUACUGGAGAGUAUCAAAUCAUUCCGAUCUCGCAGCACUGCACCAUGCUCUCGACUUGAGUUACCUAUAGAAAAUACUACCUAUCAGUUGCGCAUGUGUGAUUGGCUGAAUGUUUUGUUACAUGACCAGAACUAGGUAUCCCAUUGGUUCCACAACGUACUCGAACAACAUCUGUAGCAAAAAUGUGCCACAAUUUUAGUUUAACCAGGAUCAUGUGACCUGCUUGUGAUUGGACCGACCACACAGUCUGGGUGGACCUGUUACGCAAUUGGGUGGUGUUACGACCAUUGCCUGGAUUCAGUGUGGUUACUGGUUGCCAUGUACGUACGUAUACAUUGAUGUGUGAGAAUUUCCCAUCAGAGGCUUGUAUCGUCAAAAAGUGCUGGAUGUGUGGAACAAAGAGACAGAGACUUGUACUAUAUUGUUCUGUGAAACUGGGAUCAAGUUAGAUCAUGGUGUUAUAGUAACUGUGUGAGAGAUGUCCAGGUACAGUUCAGUUGGUGUGGGGCACUGUGAAAUAUCAGACAGACGGUUACCAUGGACACAGAGAAAUAGACACACAUUACAGUCUUAUUAAAAUCCGUGACACAGUGUUAAAUUAUGAAAUACAUUUGUUGACCAAGCCUGAACAAAUUGACAUGUUGAAAUAUAAACAAAGUUGUAGUGAAGCUCUAGGCAUGUUCUACAGUAAGCCAAAGUCUGAAUAGAAAACAGUCUUACAGUGUCAAGAAAGCUUAAAAAGACAGUUCUCUGGUAUACAUUGUUACCAGAGUGUGAAAAAGAAACAUUUAUAAUAAUAUUACUGAAGUUUGAAAAAAGAUAUAUGUUACAGUGUUACCAAAGACUUAAUAAAGAUACAGUUUGAAGAUAGAGAUUAAAAUAUGACUAUGGUCUGAGUAGACAGACACUCAGGCAUAUGAGACAAUGAGACCAAGCUCUUAAGAGAUGUUGAAGAGUUCUGGACUUUGUGUGUUUUAGUGGUUCCUGCCUUCUCCCUCUCAAAUCACCGACUUUUUAUUGUAUAAUUCUUACAGUAUCAUUAGUGUAUCGACCACAAUGUCAUCUGGCAUAUGACGAUCCAAGGGCACCAGGACAUGGCUGAGAACUUUUAACCAAAUCCUUCUCACCUUUGCCUUACAAAGAUCAUUCCCAGACAUGUGCUUAUCAAGACGACAGUUUCUCUUCUCAAAGCUGUUUAGAGAAGCUAGUUCCAUUUAAUAGUGUUUGUGUGAACAGUGGGGCUGUCACCCAGUUCCAUUUAAUAGUGUUUGUGUGAAGAGGAGGGCUGUCACCUAGUUCCAUUUAAUAGUGUUUGUGUGAACAGUGGGGCUGUCACCCAGUUUCUAUCUUUAAACACAAAUCCAUGUUUUUGUCAGCACAGCUGAAUCUUUUGCAAACGUCUGGAUUUUAUUAUAUACAACAAAAAAAUCACACAAAAACUAUAAUGAUGUUCAAGAAUAUGUAUGUUUUUAUAAUUAAAAAAAACUGUGCAGCCAUUCUAUAAGACUAUGUAUAUCUAUUCUUUGUAAAUCUUAUAUAUAAAUAUAUAUAAAUAUAUACAUAUAUUUAUCCACGUUUUAUCAAGAACAUGUUUUAUCUGAUGAUGGGUACACCUCAGAAAUGAUUGAAAGUUUACUGCUGUAAAAAUUUGUUGUGACAUGGUUUUUAAGAUUUGUGGGGGGUUUUAAUAUUAGUAUGUUUGACAAGACCCUUUGCCUAUAAAACUUGUACUGGAUUGGAGUCUUAUGUGAGAGUUUGGGCUUGUGCAUUAUUGUUUUGUGUACAAAACAGGCUUUAAGAGUUGAAGUCCAUGCUUGUAACCUUUUAACAUCUAGACUCCAAGUCUUGGACAUGGAUCAAGAUGUUGUAGCUCAUUCAGAUUGUGUUACUUUUAGUCUGGACUCCAAUAGGUUAAAAAGCAUGAUGCAUAGAUUUAAACUGCAUGUAGAUUGUAUAUUAAGAUUCUAAGGCAAUAAAGAUAAAGAGGCAAUGUGCCAGACUUCGAUGUUGACAAAGAAUUUUGUCUAAAUUAUUCUGACAUGGAUAUAUUCCAAACUUUAGAUAGACUACAAAUUGGAUGUGUUUUAAUAUUCAAGUUGAUUUCUCAUCUGGUUAAACCAAAUACAGUAUCUUUUUUCUAAACUUAUAAAUAUAAAUUCAAGUCUCAGUUUUAGAGUCUAGACCAUCAUACAAUCUGCAUUCAGUCUGAGAUUAGAAAGUUUUAUGAGCAUUGGGUCUGAUGUAUUCUGAUCCGGGUGUAAUUUAGCUUGUGUAAUGUAACAGAUGUGUUGUUUAACCAUUAGGUUGAUCUUCUGACAAUCGGAUGUGUAAUCUGACCUUUAGCUUGAAGCAGCACUGCAUGUUUUCUUCAUCUUUAAUGGUCAUCUGACAUGACAACAUUUUGGGGGGUAAAUGAACAUCAUUUCAUGUAUUUCAUUUGACUGAGAAUCUGCCUGUAAGUUAUGUAAUCACUUUUGAAAGUGUCAGUCUUUAGUGGGCAUAAGAAUUAGAUAUAUGGGUCAUGAAACAACAGAAUCUGAUUUUAAGCUGUCAACUCCACAUUUUACCUGUACUGUUCUCUAUAAGCAUCAGUACACAUACAUGCAUUUGUCUGGGAGGUGUUGGUGGGGUUAGAACCUAAUAGGCAUAGUCAAGCAUAAUCUAGAUUAAUUUAAAUAACAAUACCAUUAACACAUGCAAAAUCAUAUCUACCCAAGACAAAGGAUGUUUUGACAAGGUCGUGAGUUAGGGAAUCAGACCUUUAACUUAACUGUCCUCGAGACUGAAUCACAUUUAUGUAAUAUCAUUUUUAGAGAUCAUCUGACAAUCUGUAAUCUGACAAUCAGAUAUGUAAUCUGAACUUUAACUCAACUGUCCUUCAUCUUGAAUGAUCUUCUAGGUGUUGUCUUCACUUUAUUUUGUACUUACAGUAUGAAGAUGUGAGAAGUCUUCACUUUGUUUUGUAACAUCUGUAAUACACCAAGUAGGUGCAGUCAUAUAAGAGCUUUAAACCUUUAGGACCUUUGCCCUGUAGGAGCUUUUACCCUGACCAUUUUUUAUUCAACAAUGGUCUGACCUCUUUGGGAAUUGUGUUGCCCAUCUCAAUUGGAGGAUGGGGCCUGGGAUUUGACUUCUGUCAAGAAAUUUGGCUGUUCAGCAGAUAUCUGAUUAUGAAUGUUUUUCUAGAUAAUAUAUUGUGUGCUUUUUAAACUUUGUUUUACCAAAGUUCAAACUUGUUGUAAAGUUUGUAGUCUUUCUCUCUUUUUUUUGGUAGUCUGCAUAAAAUAGUUUUCACACAAAGGAAAUUGAAUAUGAUCUAAAAUUCUGAAAAUUAUUACUUUUAUUUAACCUUGGAAUAGAGUUUUGUGCUUUUUAAAGAUCUUUAAAAAAAAAAAAAAAAUCCCUGCAAAGAUAUUCAGGUUUGUGACUUGUUUUUAAGUAAUUGCUUGAUCAGAUGAAAUACAUGGUCAUAUAGUGAUCUUUUCACAAGUGGCCACGCUAAGCUUGUUCUCAUUCUUUAUAUGUAUCAUCAGCUUAUAACUCAACUGCUUCUUGUUUCUUUGUCUGCCAUUUUGUUUUCUGUUGUUAGUACAUCCCACUGUUUUGUUGUUUGACCUGUAAUCCAGAACGUACAGUUAACUAAUUAAGCAGCUUAGAGCAUUCCACAGUGUACUUUCUUUUUUGUGCUUUUCCCUAGUUUUGUGUGUGAUAUAUUUUCACAUAACAUAAUCUUCAUUGCAGUUUGCAAAUGUCAAGUGUCCGAUCUAAACAAGUAAUUUGAUAAUUCUGUAUGAACUAAUUACAAAUUAUAGUAUAUGCAACUUCAACCAAAUUGUUAAAAAUGAGCUUUGGAAUGUAUAACUUUAAAAAAAAUUCAACAUUAAUGAAAACUGUGUAUUUCUACUAAACUAGAUUUAAAGUAACAUAAGUUUGUAAGAGCUAAUGCAUUAACUGAAUUAAUAACACUAUGACCAAAGAUAUUGUCCCAGAUGAGAUAUUGUGCUUACGUCUGGCCUUUUUGUUUAGCAUAAAUAAAACUAUUGACUUGACCUUGAUCCAUAUCUUUCAGAUAUGCCCAUGAUAAAUGUAGGUUUGUUUUCAGCUUUGACCAUUUAGCAAGUGAAACAAUUAACCUUGAUCUGGGCCUUUUGUAAAAUUGUAAGAUUUGACUGCAUUGAAGACUAAUCUAGUGUUUGUGUGUGUAAAUUGUGGACUAAAAAAGUGUGGGUGAAGGAUGACAUGGGCCACUGGAAUGGUGGUACCUUUAUUAUCAGAUUAUACAUGUGAUUCAGUGCUACAUAUAUCAGCCAUUGGCGUUGUCAGGAUUUUAUAUUGCAGGGGGCCAUCCAAGCUGUUAGAUCCCAUUUUAAUUAAAUAUCUGAGAAAAAUAAAAACAAUUCAAAGUUAAUUAUUGGUACUUUAUUUAAAUUGCACCUAAACAUGUCUAGUAGGUGCUGUUAGGCACCAAUUGCAACCCUUCUGGCUACACCAGUGAUACCAGCAGCAUUCUGUUGCAGGUUUAUUAAAAUAUCAAGACAAUUUGGUCCCUGCAUUUUUUCAACAUGGACAUUGCUUGUGUGGUAUUACAGUUUUCUGAUGCAGUGUGAUAACUCACAAACAUUGUAUGAUAUAUCUCAUCUUGUAUUCCCAUCUUAGUAGCCGUUUGUUUUGUGUGUGGUAUGAAAUGAAUGUAUGACAACUUGUAAUAUGAAUAUAUGCCAAGGAUAUAAAUAGCCCAUCAUUUUAUAAUGUGGUAAGGAAAACAGCAACUAGUUGAUCCAUCCUUCUGUCUCUUUGGUUAUCAUUAAGACAUAGGUUUGAAUUUAUAGUGUAUAGGACUUUUCAAAUGAUCUUUGUGCAAUGUACUGUGGUUAUUACCGGUAUAUGUUUUUGUCAAGGUUAUCUGUUGAAGGGUUGGGGGUUUUUUGGCGAGGGAGAGCGGACAUAUUGUCAUAUUAGACUUGUUUUUGUUAUUAUGAAAUGAAAUAAAUAUGUAGCCAGAUUAUAACACAAUGAGGAAUUUGCUAUCUUACAAGUAGAACAAAUGUAGGAUUAUAUAUGUUUAUAUAUAAUGAAUUAUUUCAGGUGCUAUAAAUUAUUAACUUUAACUUUAGUAGCAGUACAUGUAAACUAGUUGUGAUCUAUUAUGUAAAACAAAUUAAAAGCAUUUUUAAUAUAAAUUUGAUUUUAGUUUAAUACAAAUUUUAUUAAAAAAUUUCACUCAUCACAUGAAUAAAAAUAACGAAUUGACUUUUUUUAUAUUGCCUGAUGUAUUGCCUUAAAAAAAAAAAUUAAAUGAAAUUAGCAGAGAAAAACAUGUGGAAAGAUGGUUAAUUUUAUGCAACUGUCAUAAUUAUUUGUUUAAUUUUAACAGAUGCAGCUUGCCAAAGAAAUAUUUUACAUUUUUAUUAUGAUCGCUAAUUAAUUUUAGCUGAUGACUAAUUAAGUUUACCAUGUGCAAUAUGUUUUUUGGGGGGUAAUCUUCCUACGAUUGGCUUUGAUAGAUGUUAGGUUUUUUGCUCAGUUAUUGCUCACAAAUAGCAUUUAGUUCAUUUGUCCAAUCAGAUGUAAAGUAAUUCCCUCAUGGUCAUUCCAUUUGGUUCAGCUGGUCAAUCAAAUCGAGUGUACUUCAAGAAUGUGGUAGUUCUUAGCUCAAAUACCAGACAUGCGUUUUAGUUUUGUUCAUUUAAUUGUGAUUCAAAACUAUUUUUAUUUUGAUAAAUUGCCUAUAAUAUGUUAAAUGCAAUAUUGUUUUAUUUAUCUUUCUGAAAUUUUGGAAACAAAUUAAAAUAAAAAGACAGCUUCAAAACCA